UUCUCCCAGGUCACUAGCGAUACAAUGAGAAGAAAUGGCCUCAAGUUGCACCGGGGAGGUUUAGAUUGGAUAUUAGGAAAAAUCUCUUGACUGAAAGGGUUGUCAAGCAUUGGAACAGGCUGCCCAGGGAAGUGGUUGUCACCAUCCCUGGAGGUAUUUAAAAGACAUGUAGUCGUGGUACUUAGGGACAUGGUUGAGUGAUGGACUUGCCAGUGUUAAGUUAAUAGUUGGACUUGAUGAUCUUAAAGGUCUUUUCCAACCUAAAUAAUUCUAUGAUUAAUGAAGCUGCACAUAUUUCACAGUCUUAAAUACAGGUUUCCAAAGUUUUGGUCAUGGAGGGAGGUUUUAUGGGUAGGUAACCAGCAGCCUAACACCUUACGUAUGAAAUUAAAACCAGGGGUGAUGACUGUGUAAAUAGCCACAUAUCUCUAUGUCUGGCAGCAAAAGACCCUGUUGUUGUCACAACAUCCAUUAGCUCAUUUUUCAGGGGUUGCUACAGCUUUUCAUGCUUUUAAUGCCACAUGUAAAGGCUUCAGAGGCCAUAAGCAACCUGUGUGAUGGACUUUGGAAACCCUGUUUUAACAACUCAUUGUAAGCCACUCCUACCAAAUUACAGAUUGCUCUUGCUUUGCUGCUCAGUGUGUAAUUAAUUUCAUUAAUGAGAUCCUCUGAACAACACUAGGAUCAGCCUGUUGACCCUGUCUUAGGCAUUGCCUCUGCAAUCCCAAAGAAUUGAUCCAUUUUCCUUCCCUGCCAUUUGUAAAGUGAAAUCUGUGUUUGCAAUCGAUUACUGCUGCUUUUUCCAAACAACAUUUUCUCAAGAAAUACCUGUAUUUGGGUGAACUUGUCAGGGAAAUCAAGGGAUUGUUACACAUUUUUCCAAAUAAGAACUUCUUGGUUUGUUUUCUGAUCUGUUUAAUAUCUUCUGUCUGCCCUGCUGGUAUUUAUAGCUUUGGCUAAAAUAGCUUCUGCAUUUAUUUCAUUAAUGCAGAGAGAGUUUUCUUCAAAUCUUCAAUGAGACUUUUAAACAGACCCAGGUAUCUCUUUGGUGUUUCAUAAAACUUGCUGUUUCAUGGUAGAUUAUUUUUAACUGGAAUGAUCUAAGUUAUCAUUUUUUAUCUGAGUAAGUAACCAGAAAGUCCUGUUAAAAAUUGGCUCUAUAUAUCUAUAGCUUAAGGAAAGAGACAUGUCUCUUUGAAAACCAUAUACACAUUUUUUGCCCAAAAAGGAUAGACUACAGCUGUACCCAUUUUUCAGAGUGGUUAAAUAUGUAGUAAUAUUUGUGCCAUUCCUUUACAUUUUACUUAUGUUGGCAAACCGCAGCUAAUGCUUUUUUUUUUAUGAUUACUUGUACACUUGAACUUUUUUGCCAAGUUGGGCAAAACAGGCACUGAAUGAAAGUAUGUAUACAGAAUUUUAUUUAUUAGCUAAUUAAAGCACUCUUAAAUAUGAUGAAUACAUAAGGGGGAAAUAAUCUUAUCCAAUGCUGUUCUACAUUUAAAAUGAUUAAACAAAGGAAGUAUUAUGGAUAAUGAAGGAACUGAGCUGGCAGUUCUAAAUACGUGGAGGCAUCAAUAAGUAGGUAGAUUUUGUCGUUUCACCUGCUCUUUCAUACCCUCCUGCUGUGUCAACCCUCACCACUCCCAGGUUCGAACCAGUUGUUUGCUGAGCUAAACUUGUGGGGUAGCAGAUCGUUACAGAAAUGUUAUCUCUGCAUCUGUUGAAGAUGCUCCUGUGAGUAAAACCCAAGUUAAAAUUUACAAGCCCUGGCUGGUUGAAAUGCUCAAACAGCAGCUUCUAUUCAGGAGCUUGACUUUUCCAAAAACUUCACCACUGCUGGUUUCUGUCAAUUUACAUCACCUGAAAAGAUAAUGGCUUUAAACGAACCAUAGAUUCUUUCUCCCAUGUUGUUAAAUACAUCUAUUUUAUAAAGAAAGAUGUAUUUAAAUUCAAGUCACUUUAAAAGCACUAAAUAAAUCCAGUGCACUUUGUCCAUCUUCAACUCUCAAAUUAGACCUCUAGCUGAUGUAAUUUGAAGGAAUUUUAAGUGCUACUUGGGGAGCAGCUACACAAAAGGCUUUACUGUAAUCCCCUGCUUCCAAGAGCCAUAACCCAAUAACCCAAUCUGUACUUGUCCUUGGUGACUGCAGGUUAUGGCCACCCAUGUCCAAGAUCAGAUGCUCUCCUGGUGCUUCCUCUUUGUGGAAACGGCACCAAGCAGAAGUGAUUUCCGUGCUGUAUUCAUGGAGAACCUUUAUAUUGCAUUAAACAAGUACCCAGGCCUGAUAAACCAGGGUGGGGACUGCAAAUGCUGCUUGGAUGAGCAAAGAGAGAAAAGUGACAAGCCAUUUAAUUCUAAUUUUUAUAGGUUUAUGAAAAACUUUUUUCAUAAUCAAGUUUAUGAGAAAAAAAGCAGCAAAGAUUGACUUACUUUCCCCAGCUACUGUCAAGUACAUUGGUUGGUCAAUGCAUUAAGUCCAGGCUGAUGAUGAAUCCAGUAGAUAUAUGCAUGCUCAUUUGUCCUGCGGUUUGGGGUCUUCUGAGGUUGCCAGACUAUCAGAUCCAUCUUCACACUAUGAAGAUAUCAACCUGCAAGUAAUGGGAUGAAUUAGGCAAAAGCAGAUGAUUAACUUGCUAUAUGUCGAUUCCACUUUAUGAACAACAGCUGUGGAAUAGUUAUCCUGCAGCCUUAUCCAUGGGCCAGAUGUUUACAUCAUUAAAUGCUUGAAAUUUAAUCAGUGUGGGGGCAGUGGAGAGGUCCAAAAUAAAAGCAAGCUGGUGUCCUGGGAGACUGAAAUCCAGCCUGUAUGGGUCUGUAGACUGCAGAAUGGCCACACGCAGAAUAGGCUGGUCAGGGCACGUGUUUGAGCAGCGGCCAGAGGUGGGAGAGGAGCAGAGCCCACACGGGAAGGUGGUAACGCCGUGUCUGCCAAGCUCUGUGCUACUACACCAACAACUCUUCCAAUGCCGGAGGUAAAGCUUGGUCAAAUUUCUGAUGCUGUUGCUGGCAGCAUAGAUGUGGUCUUCAGUUUCGAAGAGCUCAUGUUACUGCCAUAUUUUGUUGGCAGCCUCCCUUUUGAGACUGCUGAUAAAGAAACCAGUUACAAGAUAUUUUAACAUUAUCUGUCCAGAACAGACUGAGAUGUCUGCCUCUCAUUCAACUUAACAUAGCCAGCGAGUCUUUGGAUCAGAAUAAACCUAGGGUGGAUGUUAAGUUUGAAAUUAAAAUCUGUAUCUUUGGACCAUCCAGUGGUCUUUAGGUCAUGAGUCUCGACAAUGGGCUCUGCCAAGUGAAGCCUGUCACAUACACAUUGAGGGAAACAUCUCACUCUGUAGCUGGCUAAGGCUAGAAGAGUGCAUGAGAAAACCACUCCUGUGGUGUAGAUAAGCAGGCUUGGGCUCAAAAAUCUGAAAACAUGAUCUAUGAAGAAAGAACAGAAAAAUUUGGGUUAUUUAGUCUAAAGCAGCCUGAGGGGUAGCAGAGAUGGGAAGCAACGAAUAUGACCUUUGGGGUCACUCUCAGUCCUGCUUCUACAGGCUGUGUUAUUUGCAGGGAGAUGUAAGGAACGCUUCUGUUUGAUGAAACGAAAAAAAGUAAAAUCCAUUUUAGGCUGUUUUUGUGAAUGUCAGAUUGUGCUUGUGGCAACACUUUUGCAAACAUAUUGCAAGGGCUUAGGGGAAAAAACACAUGGCAGCCACUUGCAGUACAGAAUUAGACCAGUUAAAGCCUCUAUACAAUCAGUUUUGAAUGGCUCUUGACUAAAUUGGGUAGGAGUCUUCACAAGUGGGAAGUAUGCUGAGACCACACUGCUAAGGGGAGUUUGGCACUGGAACAUACAGUUUUUUCUAGGGUAUAUUUGGCUGAGGUUAGUCACAAGGAUGGUCUUUGUCAUGGGCGUAGACAGGUUGUUGUGUUGGUCUAUGCAUGCGUCUUUGCCAAUUUUGUUGGAUACACAGGACUAAAGGAUACACAGGCAAGGCUCUCAGUGGAUUUAGAGAUCUGCUUCUUUCCAUUCAUUAUCGUGCAGUGAGAUAUACACCGUGCUAAGGGCUAAAGUGGGCUAAAGAACAGAGUGGAAUGUUAGCCUUAACCUAGAAAUGAAAUACAGAUUCUCCUUUGACCUGGUCAUUAACUGCCCAAGGGUGAGCAAGUCUUUCAUAGUAAAAUGUACUUGCUAUCUAGAGGCAUAUUUGUUUUAGGGAGCUGUUACCCCCACUAUUUGAGUUUUAGCAGCCAUAAAAGAAUUGAUACUCCAGCACAAGGUGACAUUCUUCCUACCUGUAUUUUGCUGUGUCUCUGGAGCUGAUAAUAGUGUCCUUGUGUCUAUGAUUAUUCAUGACUAGUUAGGAAAAUGCCUGCACUUAAAUUUAAGGGCGCUGUUUUGCAGCUUUCUGCUGAAUGACUGUAGUUACUACAGCAAGAGCUACCUCCUACCUCUGCAAGCAAAUAGUGAUGGUUUUCCCACUGAUUAAGUCAACAACAAAACUGGAAUGAACUGUUGAUCGAUUUGGAUUCAGCAAACAAGGGAAAACAGAUUUGCAGGUUCCCAGCUAGCAGGAAUGAGGGCCCAGCAUUUCAAGGCAGCUGAUCUUAUCUGUUCUGAUCUGCAGUGAAGAGGGCUGUGGAGCUCCUUCCUCUUCCUUUGCACCACCCCUGGAAUUCAUCUGGUUCCAAAACGUGGCAGAAACAUAUCCUGAAUAGAAAAUGAUGGGGGUUUCUCCCUAAACUGCUCACUGUGGGGUCAGAUAAGUGCCAGAGCUGGCAUAAGGAAGGAGGAAAGUAUGGUGGAGGGUGAAGGGAGGUAUGUUCCUUCCAGAGACAGUGACACUGAACUGCACCAUAAAAUCACACCCUCCAUUUGUCUCAGCUGAUUGCUGAGACUGGGAAGUGGCCCCAAUUAAUUAGGAACUGUUUUCUAAGCUAAAGCAUGUUGGAAGGAGAAAGCCUGGUGGGUUUUUUACUGAAUGGUUCUGCAGACUGCCACAUGCUUACAGCAGCACUGGUCGUUGGCUCACUGCUAGGCUGACUGCACUUAAAUGUGUGUCAGGGGAUUCUGCUGCAACAGCUUUGUUGCUUUAAUUAUAUCUUUGAACGCCAUGGAAGAUGUUGGGAUGUGUCCAGUUCUUAUCCUGUCCUUUUUUUCCCCUCUACAGUCUGUGUUCGCGAGGGAGUGGGGAUCAGGUGAGGCCAGGACACAACUCUUGCUUUGAAGUCAGCAGUCAUUCUGCUGUAAACAAAGUCCUGUUCAAGUCUGUUGGGAGAAAAAACAUCCUUACACUUGUUCUCAAGAAUUAGUCACAGCAUUGUGACUUUUCAUCAUGUCAGAACCCAUCACGCUCAAUGUUGGAGGAAAACUCUAUACGACCUCUCUGUCCACCCUGACUAGCUUUCCAGACUCCAUGCUGGGGGCCAUGUUUAGUGGGAAGAUCCCAACCAAGAAGGACAGCCAAGGCAACUGCUUUAUCGACAGAGAUGGCAAAAUCUUCCGCUAUAUCCUGAACUUCUUACGAACUUCUCACUUGGACCUGCCUGAAGACUUUCAGGAAAUGGGCUUACUUAGACGGGAGGUAGAUUUUUAUCAGAUUCAGCCACUGAUUGAGGCCUUGCAGGAGAAGGAGGUGGAGCUUUCUAAAGCAGAGAAGAAUGCCAUGCUCAAUAUCACUCUCGAUCAGAAGACCCAGACUGUUCAUUUCACUGUCCGAGAAGCACCCCAGAUCUACAGCCUGUCUUCCUCCAACAUGGAAGUGUUCAGUGCUCAUAUUUUCUCCACGUCAUGUCUGUUCCUGAAGCUCCUUGGUUCCAAACUUUACUAUUGCUUCAACGGAAACCUCUCUUCAAUAUCCAGCUACCUGCAGGACCCCAACCAUUUGACCUUGGAUUGGGUUGCAAGUGUGGAAGGCCUUCCCGAAGAGGAGUACACAAAGCAGAACUUAAAGAGACUCUGGGUGGUGCCAGAUAAUAAGCAGAUCAAUAGUUUCCAGGUGUUUGUGGAAGAAGUGCUAAAAAUAGCCAUGAGUGAUGGUUUCUGCAUAGAUUCUUCUCAUCCACAUACUUCAGAUUUCAUGAAUAAUAAGAUUAUUCGCCUAAUUCGGUACAAGUAGGACUGGAUGUUUAAUAUGGUGCCAGCAUGGAGAUAACACAGGUUAAGUGUUUCCCUUUAAAACACACUUACAGCCUAAUUCAGAAUCGUGCUUAUCUGGAUUAAGAGUCACUAACAGGGAGAUGAUUUUCCUUUAACGUAUUUACCAAUACAACCUUUCAGAAUAUGUCCAUAUUCUAGGCAGAAGGAAUAUUGUCUAGUGCCUGAAUUAAGAAUUGGUUCUGUCUCUGCCUCCACCUCUGACCUGCUGUACAACUGUGGGGAAAAAUCGCUUAACUUCUGUCCUUCUUACAUUUUCCAGUUGGAAAAUGGGCAUGAUCCUUAACCUGUAUUGCAAGGGAGAUGUGAGGGUUCAGUAAUCACAGUUUGGAAGGUAUGUGGAGAUCAGAUGCAGUGAAGGAUGCCAUGGAGCUGCAGCACAGUGGACAGUCCGGGGGACGUGUCUUCCAUGUCUUGCCAUAUCACCUGUGCAGAGCAUCCAAGAAGCUUGGCUGGAUCCACAGAGAAGAAAUCUCCCUACAAGCAUGCACUUAAUAGAGCUGUAAAGGUUGGUGCAAACUGCAAAUGAGUAAGGGAUCCUGUCUGUUUGGCUUCAGCAACAGAUUUCUGCUACUAUCUGAAGCUGACAGGCGUUUUUUUCUGAACCCCACGAGGAAGACCCUGCUGUGUUCUGCUUUCAGGAAAGCCAUGUUUGAAUGAUGUGACUGGCACGGGCAACGACCAAGGAACCUAUAGCAGAGAGAAUGGUGUUCUUACGAACUGAGAAGAUUGAGGCUGGUGGGGGAACUUUGUUUUAGAUGCUCUUAAACCUAUACUUUUACAUUCCAAAGGCAUCCAAGACAACUAGUUCUUUUCCUUCUCUUACGACCUUACAUUUGUCUGGAGGAAACUUUCUGCAGUGGAGACAGACUUGGGGGCAGAGGCCCCUUCAAAAUGUUUGAGCCUCUUCUUCCUGGGCAUGGCCUUCUUUGGUGCACGUCUCCCUUCAGCAGUGCCUGGAGUGCAUGGGAUGCUCUCUGGAUAGGAUGGAUUCCGUGUGAAAAGACAACAUUCCCAUCAGGUUACACCUAGUAUUUUCCAUUACAAAAACAGAGGCUCACUUUUUCUAUCCCGGUGCAUUGAGCUGUAGUUUUUACAUCAUUGUGAAACGGUCAGAUCACUAAGCCAGCAUUUUGCCCGCUUGCUUAGUGUCAGAUUGUUGGAGGUAAGGCAGUGGGAAACCAGAGGUGACGGCAAUGGUAAAGCUCUUUCCUACAAGCCCGGUCUGAGCCACAAUGAAGAUCAUAAUCCAUUAACUGCAUGUUAGCUCUAAACAUCAUUUUGCCACAUUCAUGGUGGUUCAUUCUCAGCUAAUUAUGUUUAAAAGUAUUUUAUCUGUCUUUCCUUAACCAGAUUGCUACGUGUGCAUGAGACACCCUCUGGAACAUUUCCCAUUAUCUCUAAUGAGAUAGAAGGGGAAAUGCAAUAACAAAGCUUUGCAUUUAGAAUUUUAGUGCUUCCAAAAGUUCUCAGCACCGGGCUGCAAAGCUCGAUAUUGCUUGUGCUCUUGUUUCCCAAAGUAACUAGUCUGUCGUUACAUUAAGCUGACCUGUGAACAAGCAUAAAGAAGCGUUUUCUGCUGUAAAAUAUAGUGAGAUAAAUAUAUUUCUACUGUCCCAAGCUGUAAUUGCAUGAACAACACAAAGCAGCGUGCUAAUGGUAAAAAUGCACAUUCUGCAGCUAUUGGCAGCCUGUUACAAACCCGUCAUCCCCUCUCUGACUUGGUGCUAGAACAGCAUGAUAUAUGUGGGACUAUGUUGUUAGGAAGCACUGACUGGGCUUGAAGCCCUCAGAGCCAUUAAACUGGCAAGUUUUGUGAAUUUUGAGGAUGGUAAACAGGAUUUGGUGUCUAAAUUCCAACCUGAGUCACCAUGUUCUAGUUUUAGUUGCAUUAGGAAGAACUUUUGUCCCACCCCAUCCCUGUCCUGAAUUGUAAAGGAGGAGUAAUCUGUUCCAGGGGUUGCUGCAUGCUGCUGACAAAGCAAAACAACCCCUGUGUGAAUCUUAUUUCUGACAUGAGUCUGCCAGUCAGAUGGCCACUCAGAGUGACAAUCUAUGCAGGUGAUUUGAUUAUGAUCUGUAAAAUACCAUAUAUGAACCCCCUUUCACCAAAUCUAUGCCUUGAAACAGAUAUGCCUUUGCUGGAUUUGUGCGAGCAGAGCUUUUGGGGGCUGUUGGCAGUAUUUCUUUUUAGGCCGCACCCUUGAGAGUACAUUUUAACUGAUCUGCAACAGAAGUUCUUCUAUGUCAGGACUAAAAUAAUACCUAUCUGUAGUAAUUUGUUUCCUGUCAGCUUGAGUUUAUCCAAGGGCAAACGCAGUGGGCUUAAAUCUCAUUUGGAAGAGGGAAGAAGUCUGAUCCACACCCUUUACAGCUCUGGAUUGGUAUUUCUCCAUUCAGUUUCAGCAAAAUAAAAACAUUCCCUGGGAGAGCUGAAUCAUUGCUGCAUUUUCUGGUGAAAGGCACUUUAAGAGGUGUCCCCAGAAGCACUAUGGAUAGCUUAAUCUAGAGCAUUUACUCCUUCCCUUUGUCCCCAUUCCCUUUUCUUUUCUUUGGACCAUAGCAGCACCCAUACUAAAAGCAGUUACACAGUUUCUUAAAACUCUAAACAAGAAAUGAAGAGUGCCCCAAACUGGCCUCCAUAGUAACUGGGGUAAUUCUACUGACAUGGAAAUAUGGGUCUGAAUCCCCACAAACCGAGCAGAGAACUGAACCUGGGACUUCUCAAGGAGUUAUUUAACCCAUCUGUCUAUUGUGCAAAAGAUGGACCACUUGAAUAUACAUUUAUCUGUGCUCAGGUAACUCAAUCAGGCAAAGGUACAGCUGGCCACAGGUCUCUGUCAUUUAUUAUGUGUGGUGCAGUCAGACACGCUGGAGGGAUGGGAUGUCAUCCAGAGGGACCUGGACAGGUGUGAGAGGUGGGCCCAUGCAAACCUCAUGAAGUUCAACAUGGCCAAGUGCAAGGUCCUGCGCAUGGGUCAGGGCAAUCCCAAGCACACAUACGGGCUGGGGGAUGGGGGGAUGGAGAAGCAGCCCUGCAGGGAAGGACUUGGAGGUGCUGGGGGUGAAAAGCUGGACACGAGCCGGCAACAUGUGCUCGCAGCCCAGACACCCAAGGCUGCAUCCCCAGCAGCGCGGGCAGCAGGGCGAGGGAGGGGGUGCUGCCCCUCUGCCCCGCUCUGUGAGACCCCCCUGCAGCGCCGCCUCCAGCUCGGGGCUCCUCAGCACAGGACAGACACGGGGCUGUUGGAGCGGGGCCAGAGGGGGCACAGAAAUGCUCCGAGGGCUGGAGCCCCUCUGCUGCGAGGCCGGGCUGGGAGAGCUGGGGUGGUUCAGCCUGGGGAAGAGAAGGCUGCGGGGAGACUUGAAGGGGAACAGUAAGAAAGCUGGAGAGCGUCUUUUCACAAGGGCAUGUAGUGAUAGGACAAGGGGUGAUGGCUUUAAACCGAAUGAGGGUAGAUUUAGAUUAAAGGAAGAAAUUCUCCACUGUGAAGGUGGUGAGGCAGUGGCCCAGGUUGCCCAGAGAGGUGGUCAAUGCCCCACCCCUGGAAGUGUUCAAGGCCAGGUUGGACAGGGCUCUGAGCAACCUGAUCUAACGGAAGAUGUCCCUGCUCAUGGCAGGGGGGUUGGACUAGGUGAUCUUUAAGGUUUCUUUCAACGCAAACCAUUCCAUGUUUCUGUGAUUAAUAUGCAGAGAGAUGAAAAGUAUCUCUUGUCUAUAUGCACAGAAAUGCAAAAUUUCCAACAAGUAUAAAGACAUGAGUGAAAACAGGCUUUGGGAUGAAUAGAAAACUCAAGAUACCUCUAAAUUGCUAAGCAGAAUAAACAUCUUUAAGCAUGAGAUACUACUUGGAACACCGCAGUCAUUCUGCAUGCUAAUGGAGUACGCGAAAUAAGCAGUAAGUGAAUCACUUGUGAUUGCAGUCAAACAUAUGUUAUGCAAAUGGAGUUGCUAUUUCAGACUACACACUAAGCUAAAUUUAUAGCUGCUCCUUAAUUUUGCAGUCUGUGGGUUACAUUAUAAUGACUUUUUAGGAACAUUCUCUCUCCAAAACAUUUGUUCCCUUUUUAUCUAGGUAGCUGGCUUUCACUGACCUUCUUUUUCUGAGCCCUAGAGGUGCAACUUGUUUUUGUUUACCAGUCAACAGAACUGAUAAUUAUCCUUCUCUAGAGUUUUCCUGAAUUAAAGCGAACAUAAACAAAGCUGUAUUAAGUACAGCACAACCCCAUCAGUAGUCGUGAAAAGCACUUGGCAUUUAUUAGGAGUAACAUCUAAAAAUUAUUUCACUCUUGAGCAGAAUAUUCACUCUCAAAGCAAACUUGUUAUUUUCCUGUAAGGGCCUGAGACAAGGAAAGCAUCUAGUGAGGUUUUUCCCUUAAAGUUUGAAGGGUGCUUUCUUCCACAUUUCGGUGCAUAACUCCUGUCCUGAUUCCACCAUAUGCCUGUCUCCCUCAAAACCUUCAUCUGCAAAAUGAGGCUAAGUCCUGCACUUCAUUUUUAAAUGGCCUAAAUGCUGAGAGAGCCACUGAAUAGAGAGAUCAAUAGUGUUAGAGCAGAAGAAUACCAGAGUUAAGGCAAUGGUUUUUAGCUGUAGUCUAAUGGCAUUUUUUGCUAUGGGCAUGUGCAUAGCACAGUGCGAUUUAUUAUACGACAAAAAGAUUAUUAAGCAUCAUCUUAAUGGAGUCCAGAAAGAAUCACUCAUGGAUUUCUCUAUGUGUUUUUAGGCUUGAGAGUUCUUUAAAUAUCUAACAAUGUCCAGUUAUUAUGAAAGGACUGAAACUAUACAUAAAUACUAAGACAUCUUUAGUUCAUGCAGCUGUUGUUAAAGGUCAUUAGAAGUCAGUGAGAGGAGUGUUUGUUGCUGCAGGCGACGGUAGGGAAAUAAAGUGUAAAAAGUUAGACCUGAAAGAAUUCACAUGUUAACAAGAAAUCCAAGAUUUAGAAUGGAGAGAAUAAAGAAUCUUGAUGUCUUCAGGAAAAAAAGCCCACAAGGUAACAAUGGAGACAACAGUUUUGCUGUGGAAGGAGGCUGCAACCAGAAUGACUCACUGGUCCUUUCCAGUUUUAAUCUCCUAUCAUGCAGCUCAAAUACUGGCCAUACCAAGAGUUACGCUAGUAGCUUGUCAGCAGCAGACAGCUUUGCUUCAAUUCACGUGUGCUUUAAAUCACUGAACAUACGCACUGCUGUCGUUACCCAUAUUUUAAAUGGGUUGCUGAGAAUAAAUUGCUGUGUGAGUUCACUGGCAGUAAAUACCUGCAAUCAGUCAGAUUUAUUCCCACUCUAGGAAAGGCUGGUGGGGUCCAUAUGUAAGGUUGACAGGAGUGAUAAAUAUUGCCUUCAGCUCAUGCCGUAGACUGUGGAAAAUAAAUCUAGGGUCUUCUGAUACUUCACAGAUAAAUGGAGAAGUUAUGAAAAAGACUCCUUUGGGGUCACUGCUCAGAAAUUCAAUGUAUUGUGAAAUAUUUAACUGCUAUUCUGUAAUGAAUCCUGUAUCCAUACAACGGUGGUCACAAACAGGCAGGGUACAGCCAGUGCUAAUGUGUGGCCCUCUCAGUAAAAGUCUCAUUACUACAGGCAGUCAUGUUGAUAUUCUGUGUGAGAAGGACUGGACUGAGCAUAAAUAUGCAGAUCACGUUCUCAGAUUUGCUUGUGAAUAACACGAGGAUGGUUUCCCUCUGAAUUCAGAAAAAAACGGAGCUAUAGGGGAGGGCUGUAUGGAAUAAUUCCUUUUCUCUUCCUCCUCUUGCCAUUCCCCUCCCUCAUAUUUUCUCAUUCCUAUUCUUAACUGUAGGAUUUUUGUCUUGAUCAGAAUUUUAUCUCCAAUUCCCUAAAAGCCAUGCUUUUGAAUGAAUAGUAUGUGGAAAGUGUCAAACGAUGGUUUUUAUUUCUUACCACUUUCACAGAUAGCCUGUUGCAUUUAAAAAUCGAGUUGCAGUUCUCUGCUUGUAACUCUUUUGUGAACUGUUACUAAUUUUAGAAAACAGUAAAUAAAAUGUGAAUGAAGCAGGA